UGAUGAAUGUGACCAUUUUUUCUAGGUGUAUGCAAUAAUGGAGAUACAGACAACUGAAACUUUAGAGAAUUCAACCUCACUUCUUGUUACAAGCACAAAGACAACUGAGACUUUGGAACAAUUAACACCACUUGUGAUUUCCCACGCACAGACAAUUGAAACAUCUGAGCCGCCACUGCCACCGCCUCUCGUGACAAACAUGCUGGAAAGCUUAUGAGCUUUUCAUGGAACAUUAAUCCAAGUAAGUUCUUAAAGCUUAUGAGCUUUUCGUGGAACAUUAAUCCAAUAAUUAUGGCAAUUUCUAAUUUUCUUAAAUGUCAUAAAUGAUUAACUUGUUAAAUAUUAUUACAAUUUACAAAAAGUAUUAAAAUUGAAAGGGGGAGAUUAGCUUCUCUCUAUUACUUAAUAAAAUAUAAUUCAUAUUUAUUCUUAAUAUCCAUCUCUGUUACUUACAAAUUUUCUUGGUUUACAUGUGGUUAUAAUCCUCAUGGAGCUGGGUUUUUCAACGAGAAAUACAUCUUAGAUAUGCAUAAGACGAAUCAGAAAAAGAAGAAGAUCCCGAAGAAGAUGAUGAAGAAAUGGCAGAUGCAAGUCCUAAAAACGAGGCGAGUGAAUUUUAUUUUCUGAAUUUGAUGCAUUUUAUUUAAUUGAUUUUAAAAUUGGUGAAGUCUCAUAUUUUACGGUACUUUUUAUAGGAGAAAGGAGAGGAUGAAAAAAAGUUGACAUGGAUGUUAAGUCUGAAAAUGUAGAAGAAAAAGUGAAAGUUGAAGAAGAGAAUGUUGUUGCUGCUAAAGUAACUGUGAAUCCAGACACCAAGUUGCAGGUUGAGGAGAAAAAGGAAAACAAAAAGGUGGACACGAAUAAGAAAAAAGAAGCUCCAGUUACCAUUAACAAGGAACUCUUGCAGAAUGGGAAAGCUAUUCUUAAGGGAAUGAUCCUCCUUUGGGAUGUUGAUGUUGGGCUUGCUCAAAUUGACAAGUACUUUCAUAGCAAUGAUAAUCAUGUGAUUGCUGGUGCAUUGUUAGGAGUUGGGGUUGUAAACUGUGGUAUCAAGAAUGAUUGUGACCCUGCUUCGGCAAUUUUUGUUGAUUAUCUGGAUAAAGAAAAUGCUUCCAUUAGAAUUGGAGCCAUAACUGGUCUGGGCCUUGCAUAUGCGGGUUCACAACUGUUAAAAGGAUUGGAAAAGAUAGUUGCAAGUGCAGAUAUUCCAAUGUUAGUCUGUGGUGACUUCAAUUCAGUUCCAGGAAGAGAAAUAAUGCAAGCUGUAAGAUUCUCACCUGCAUUUCAGUGAGUUGAUCUGUUAUGAACCAAGAGUUGUUGUGGAAAGAGAAGUGCUUUUGGAAGACUUAU